AUGGCACCACUCUCUCGCCUUCCAGAGUUCUUCAUACACAAGAACGGAAUGCCUUUAGAUGAUGGCUUUGGCAACCAAAUCAUGUGUCAAGUAAUGCUAAGAUUCAAAGACAACACGAGUGUCUGUCUACAGCGCAUGUAUACGCCUGGAAUAGGCGCCUUUACACAGGAUCCGUCCAUGUCGCUGGACACUGCUGUCCAACAGUCCACAUCUAGCAUGAAUAAUCUCAACAAUUUGCCGGCCAACGUCAAAGUAUGGCUCUUUCCAGAGAAUUAUAAGAUGCUCUGGCCCGACGAGUUUCCGGAAGAUCAAUCUCCAGUCAUGCCAAUCGCUUGGAAUCCGCUUCCUUGUUCCCCAAUGGACCCGAUCCUUAGAGCGAUCGGAAUUGUUCCUGGAAUCUCUAACUUGCCAUCAUAUGGUUUAACGCAAGCUAAUCUCUCACCAAACGUAGCCACUAUGGCGCAGCCACUUACAACACCCAAAGUGGAGGGCUCUAGCGCUGCUGUGGCCACAGUUGACAAAUAUGGCCUUGGCAGGGGAAAAGGGAAAGCAGAAGAUGCUAAUGAAUUAGGAGAAGAGCGUGAGGUUGCCGUAAUCACAAGCCCAAUUAAUUUCCGUAUCUUGUACACGACCAUGCUGAACACGCCGCAGCUGCAUGAAUUGUACACGAUUCCAGACACAUCGUUGCUUAGCACAACGCCAGGCCCAAGUACUUUGCUUCCCACUGGCAUCAAUCUUACCACCAGUGAAAUUCUUGCAUUCUUCCCUGGUCUCCUUCACGAUCCAUAUUUCAUCUAUCGCGCCUAUUCUACUGGUUGGAAUUGGCAGACAAUGGUCCAUGCGGCGCGAAUGUACCGCGACGUUCAGUGGGAACUUAGCCACGCAGUGGUUGAGCCCCUUAUCCGUCGCGGCAUGGCCUAUGUUCUCGGAUUGGAUGAGGAGGAUUGGUCUGAAGACGAGUAUCAGCAGCGCGUCCCUGUUGAGAGGCGUCUAAAGCUGCAUGACUACACCAGGGGUGGCCUUUCAGUUACUCACUCAACCCACCCCGCGAGCAGAAGCGACUUGAUGCUUUCGCAGUUAAGGAAUGAGGUCAAAGUUCUCCCUAUUAACGAAGACGCUGGUGCUUUAACGACGCUCAUUGCGGCUCUAAAUUGUGGCCAAAUCAGAGACAUGCCAAUGUCGGCUCUCGGCGAUUUUGUCGAGACAAGUGUGCUCUACUUCCCUCCUCACGGCCCAGAUGAAGAUCUCGCCUGCGCCCAACGCUGGCGUGAGAAGCUGCGUAACCUACCAUGGAACUUAUACAUGCCAUAG